AUGGCUGCUGAUGCUAUCUUGGGUGUACAGGGCGAGAUCUUCUACGACGAAUGCGAUCUCUUGCUAUACGCCACUGGCAUUCUCAACAAAUUCAAAUGGCCUGAGAUUACUGGGAUCGAGAAUUUCAAGGGGCGGCUUGUUCAUACUGCUCAUUGGCCAGAGGAUUAUCAGGCCGAGCAAUGGAAGCAGGAUCGCGUUGCUGUCAUCGGUUCAGGAGCCUCUUCUGUUCAGACUGUACCCGGAAUGCAACCUUACGUCAAACACAUGGAUGUCUUCGUUCGCACUGGUGUCUGGUUCGUUCAGGUCGCAAACAACUACGGCUCCAAUUACGAAUAUACGGAGGAACAGAAACGAGAAUUCAAGGAGCACCCAGAAACUCUAGUAGCACACGCCAAGGAUAUUGAAAACCAGAUGAACGGCAAGUGGGGGGUUUACUACGCAGGCACUGAGAAACAAAAGGCUGCCCGCGAGCUAUUCAGAAAACGAGUGGCGGAGUUCAUCAAAGAUGAGCGCUUGUUGAAGGGCUUCACACCCAAGUUCGAACUUGGCUGCCGCCGAGUCACUCCCGGCGACCCUUAUAUGCAAGCCAUUCAGGAGCCAAACGUCGACAUCCACUUUACUCACGCCCAGACAAUCACGGAAAAGGGUAUUAUUGGAGGAGACGGCAUUGAGCGCGAGGUCGAUACCAUCGUAUGUGCCACCGGCUUUGAUGUUACCUACCGGCCUGGAUUCCCUUUAGUUGGCCUCAAUGGCAUCGAGCUAGGUAAGAAGUGGGAAAAUGCGCCUGAGGGAUAUCUUGGCCUCGGCUCAGCAGAUAUGCCCAACUUUAUCAUGUUCCUCGGUCCCACAUGGCCUGUCACAAACGGCUCAAUUGCUGGCCCUGUCCAGGCAGUAGCCAAGUACGCUGUGCAAAUUGUGCACAAAAUGCAAAGGGACAAUAUCAAGUACUGGGUGCCCAAGCAGCAUGUUGUGGAUCAGUUCAACGACCACGCGCAGGAAUGGUACAAGCAUAGUGUCUGGAAGGACUCUUGUCGCUAUUGGUACAAGAACAAUGACACGGGUCGUGUUAAUGCAGUCUGGCCUGGUUCAGCUCUGCACUACAUGGAUACUAUUAGCGUGCCCAGGUAUGAGGACUUUGCUAUAGAGUACCACAAUAACAAUAUGUGGGGCUUUCUAGGUAUGGGAUUCACUCUUGACAGCAUCAACGAGAACUGGAGUCCUACGGUCAGUAUCGAGAAUCUGGACCCGAAGUGGCUUGAGAGUGCUGGCGUGAAAGUACCUGACCAGUUAAGGAAAGAAAAUCCUUCCUCUACUAAAGUAAAGGGAUAG